AUGGACGAGAAUGGAUCUCUCUAUGUCACUGAUGUUGGAAAAAAUGAAGUGAGACGAUAUCGAAGAGGAGAAUCUCAAGGAACAGUGGUUGCAGGUGGCAAUGGAAGUGGAAAUCGUCUCGAUCAACUCUCUUGCCCCUCGUACGUAUUCGUCGAUCGAGAUCAUUCAGUGUACGUAUCUGAAUGGGGAAAUCAUCCUGUGAUGAAAUGGAUGGAAGGUGCAAAACAAGGCAUUGUCGUGGCUGGUGGUCAAGGACAAGGAAAUGAUCUUACACAAUUGUCUUGUCCUCAAGGAGUCGUUGUCGAUCAAUUGGGCACUGUCUAUGUGGCUGAUCGAUGGAAUAAUCGAAUCAUGCGUUGGCCUAAAGGAGCCACACAAGGAAGUGUCGUUGUUGGUGGAAACGGUAGUGGAGAACAAUCGAACCAACUCAAUGAGCCCAUCGGUUUGUCAUUCGAUCGACACGGGAAUCUCUAUGUCGUCGAUUGGGGAAAUUAUCGAGUACAAAAAUUCAAUAUCUAUUCAGAUACAUAAUAGGUGUUGCAAGUAGAUCUAAAUGGAACCUAGACAUGGUGGCACGGGUGGGAUACUUGGCUGGGAGUUAGUCUGGAAUAGUGUAGAAGUUAAACCUGUGUCGACAACAUGGAUAAUUGAGAAAAAUGGAAAAGAAUUAAAAAAGGCAAGAACUUGGAUUAUAACUAACUUUCUAUCGCAUUCGAAGAUUCCGGGUCUUCUAAUAUGUCCCAGCGUAAAAACUCUCUAGGAUGAUCUUCUAAUGUGACUUUCACGUAAAAUUUCCGAAGAAAUUAUUUUGUACUGCAUAUUGCUGUUUUCACAAAAAUUGCUCUUGUAAACGCCGACUUAUGAGAUUAUAUAGUCAUAAAAAAAUGAUGUGCUUAUGUGCCGUGUCUUGUAUGGAUGAUUUAUUUUGUGAAACGUAACCUAAACACGGUGUUGAAUAAUAUAGGAAAAAAAAUUGAGCCACAUUGUCCCCACUGUCCCUCUAAACCAAUGCAGAUACUCUGGCACGUCAUCACAGACCGUGACAGACCCAAUGGUUUUCCUUCUCUUCGCUACAGACUGCGACAGACUAUGUUGAUACGCGACAAAAGACCGUAUAAAACUGCAAUCCUAUUAGAACAUAUGAACUACUUCUUUGCCAUUGUAGAGAAUGAAUUAAAGAAUGGUGAAGGAAUGUGUCUCAAAAUAAAUCAAAUAAAAAGGUUUUCAUGUGAUUAGCAAUAAAACUAUGUCACCUUUCACAUUUUACUCCUGCAAAGAUUGAGCUAGCAGCUUUUUCUAGUGUCAUCAAAAUACCGCUUGUCCGAUUAUAUUUCUGUGACCGUCUCAAGUUUCAUCUUUAGAUAAUACGUUAAUAUCUUCUGAAGCACCAAAAAAUCUAUCAAUGCUUUUGAAAACAUAGAGUUAUGCACAUCCGUACUGAAAACAUUACCACGAUGUUUUAGAUUGAGGAAAAGAUCGACAGAAAUUUGUGUACAAACCAGAUUGUUCGAGUGGCAUGUAGUAUACUUCUCAGAGAACUGAGUUCCUAUUCAUACUCAUCGAUAUCAUUCAUAAGAAGCUUCUAC